CACACCAAACGAAAGCCUCGCCCAGUUUGUAUGUGUCCUUGCGAUUACAGUAAAGUCGGCUGUUUCUUCAGUGGAAAAACGCACAUUAUUAAACGUGACAUGUUGCUCGCAUUCCUUCUGCUACCAUGUUUCCUCUGUGGUUCCUUAGGCACAGAGUACGACGUGUGCUAUGGUGGAACUUUUAGAUUUCCCUUCCAGUUUUCACCUCUUACACUCACCGGAAACAUUUACUUCUCUCCGAAGAGCGGCGGCGGCGGCGGCAGGAGGCUAGUCUAUGAAAAUGGCAAGGCAAUGGAGCCACGUUUGCAAGUUACCCCUACAAGUCUUUCAUUGCAACAUGUGACGGAAAAAGACAGUGGCGAAUUCUCAACUCCAAUUAGUGGCUUCUAUUUGGAACGCUUCAAACUGAAGGUUUUAGAAUGUGCCGAGGAGGUGCAGAGAUAUUACCAUGGCACCUAUCGCCUGAAUAUUCCCAGUCAGGCAGAAAUCCUGGAAUUCUCCAAGAUCGACCACGCGGACCUGGAAAUCUUGUGGAAUCGCACUCAAAUCGGAGGUGCAUCCAGGGGGCGGAUGAAGUUUAAUAGCUGGGAAAUGUCAGAGCUUACGCAAGGUGACAGCGGCUACUACAACCUCCGCCAAAAAGACUACACUCUGAUAUCAAGGACAAAACUCAUAGUAACAGAGCACUUGAAUAAUUACCAACCCAAGGAAGACACACACUUGACCCUGCGAUUCCCUGUGAAGUUUACUCCGUGGGACAUCACUUUCAAACCGAUCAUGGAUGACUCGACUCCCAUAAGAGUGAUGCGUUCUGGGCGUAUGAGCAAUAAUUAUGGCUAUUCAGAAGAGCCACAUUUUGAGGAUCGACUUUCAUUGGACACCGGCAGCCUAGAAAUUACUACUGUGAAAGUAGAAGAUUCUGGCGUCUUUGAGUUUCGCGACAAAGACGGCUUCUUGGUGUUUGUGGCCAACUUGGAUGUAGAAGAAGUACACGCCCCUGCGUAUAUUUACGUCAUCUUCUUUGUCGCCAUUGUUGCUGCGCUGGCAAUCUGCUGUUGCUGCAUAAGAAGAUGCUGUUGUAAAAAAAGUGCUUCCAAAACAAACACUCCUCAAAUGACUCCAGCAGCAGCACCAGCACCAGCACCUGCUGUGUAUUACCACGGCACAAAUCAACCCACAGGCCCAAGUUACUCUGCGGCACCACCUCCUGCAACGUACUCCUAUCAGCCUGUGAAUCCUUCUUCUGCACCUACACCUGCCUCCGUCGGGCCACCUGCUUACAACAGAGUGGAUAUCCAUCCAGAUCCAAACCCGACACAGCUUGAGCCUCCUCAAGCUGUGGGUUCCACUGGGCAUUUUGUGGCACCAGCUCCAUCCCUGAUACCGAAUAACCCCACCUCGGACCCCGACCCGAAGUUUGAGGUCAAAGGGCUGCGCUUUUCCUCCAACUUGCCGCUCAACUCCGACUCUACCUUCGCCAAUGUUUACACCUCGGAUAAACUCAACUUCUGAGUGGCCCGCCACCACUCUGAGCAGCUACACUACAGGUGCGAAUCACAAGGCGCAUGCUGGCUAUCAGACAAAGAAAACAUCGGCUCCUCAGGUUGAUCUUUUAAGUGUGUGUGUGUGUGUGGGGGGGGGGGGGAUCAUGCACUGUCAUCAGUAUUCAUUUGUUUUUGUCAUGCCUUUGCUAUCUGGCAUUUACAGACCUAUAAAGGUCAUCAUGUGCAAAAAACAAACCCGGUAGCAUAGCAUGGGUGACCAAAGGUUGAUGAAAUCUCAAAGAAUAAUAGGCAGGGGCAUUUGACUCAAUUGGAAUAAUUGACCAAUGGUAAAACAAUCAAUUAUUGCCAUUUUUUAUAUUUGAAUAGGAUCUGAGAAAAAUAAUGCCGCUUUGAGUAAAUCAGCGGUGUCAAACUCAUUUUUGUCGCGGGCCGCAUCAUAGUCAUGGUUUCCCUCGUCAGGCCAUUAUGAUUGUCAACGUCUUCCAUUCCAGUAUAGACUACAAAAUAAACUGAUGAAUAACUAGUUUUGAAAUCAGAGACUAGUAAAAAAUGCUCAAAUAUUUUAAAAAGAUGAAUGGUAAUACAAAUUGCAAGCAAUAUCUACAAAAAUCUUUUCAAGUGUAAUUUUAGUAAUGACACAAAUUUGAUGCAAAAUUUGUCUUCGCGAGCCACAUAAAAUAAUGUGGCGGGCCGUAUUUGACCCCCAGGCCUUGAGUUUGACACCUCUUGAGUAAAGUAUUUGUAUAGCGUAAAUGUAGCUCAACUCAGUAGGUCAUAUUUUGGCUUGUCGAGACAGCCAACUUUCUCAAUAGCUUCUAGAUACGAUAAACUAUCAACAAUCUAUGCAUUUCUUUAAGGGGUAGUGUGUGAAUGGCGAAUUGUAUAUUUGGAUGGAUCAAUGACUACGGCAUUUGUGACAAAUGCAAUGCACUUACUUCAACACUUAGAUGUGACUAAACACCACAUACUGCCCCUUUAACAAUGAUUUAUUACAUCCAUCUUUAUGCCAUCCACACACUUGGGGAGAGAAAGUUUGGGGUUAGACCUUUGAAGCAACAGCAAGUAAAACAUGCACAGAAUGACUCCACUGCCGUAUACAAUUCGUUAAAAACAUCCCUUUCACAAUUAUAUGGGUACAUGUAAAAGAGAAAGGGAGAGAAAAUCAGUAGCGUCAGCCCAUUAGUGCAGUCAUCUUUGAACAUGUGCAUUUAAUCCCUAAAACCAUAGCAUUUCAUCAUCUCUCUCAGCCACUAGGGGGUGGGCCUCGGGUUCAGUCAUCCUUCCUGUCCUUCAAUAAACAAAGCACGAGUCCCGCUUAAUCUAAUUUGCAUGUUUUUGGAAUGUGAGAGGAAGUCAGGGAACCCGGAAUAAACCUGGCAAGCCUAUAGAGAAGAUGCAAAUUCCACAUAGGAAGGCGGAAACUGAGAUUCAAACCCAAAACCACUCGACUGUGAGGCUGAUGUGUUUAACCAUGAGGAUAACUAUACUGCCGCCUUUGUGUUCAUGUCGUCGUUAAAUGUAUCGAGUGAGUUCUAUUACCUAUAUGGUGCAGUGCAUAUGUUGCUUGAAUAUAUAAUGUACAUGUUCAUGUUAACUUUUGAUGUCUCAGGCCACAUCGACUGAGCUCAUUUUAGAAAAUGGCUCUCAAGUUGACCUUAGCACCCAGGGAACACGCUGCACUCAACCAGACAAACAAAACACUUUUAAUAUGUGCAUUUCGUUGUUCUAUGUGUGCCUUUGGCAUAAAUUGCUUGUGCAAUCUUCAUUUUCCCGUUGGAAAAUUAUGACUCAUACAAUAUUACGUAGGCUCUUAUUGAUUUGUUUCACGUGUAUCACAACUUUUUCUUUGAAUAUUUUGUCAUUGUGGAACAAAUGUAAAAGGUGUAUUUUUGAUAGUUUGAACAUUACAAUGUUUUUAAGUCAAAAGCAAAAUCCUCCCAUUCAUAGGACCAAUGUUUCUCAACCAAAUCAACAAUAUUUGUGCCUAAUUUUCUAACAAACUGAUGAACAUUUUCUAUUGAGUCAGUUUCCUUUAUAAUCACUUUAUGAACAAGAGAGCUGUUUUAAAGCCGUCAUCUUCAAUUAACAAGCAUAUGAUGCUUAAUUAAGGCCUUGUGUGAACAGGAAACACCCAACUUUAAAUUUAGGGUGAUCAUACUACCUCAUGUUUGGAAGCAGUUUUACUUUUUUUUUUUUUUAACCAGAGCCAAAACUCAAGCCUUGCUGCCUCAUGUCGAAAUGUCGUAGGCACUCCGAAUCAUGUUACCCGUAUGUCUUAUGGAAUUCUGCUUUUUGCGCUUGUGUCACGUUUGAUGCAAUUAUCUUCAAAUGUACUCAAGAUUGCUAUUUUGCUCAUGGACUGUAGUUUUUAUUUGCUCGAGAUCGUUUUAUAAAAACGUUUCAUGGCAAAACGUGUAUCUAACAUUGUGUGCAUUAAAGCUACUAACGCCUGUAUUGUUCAAAACUGGUUUCACUGGCUGGCAAAAUUGGUUGUGAAUGCUGUUAUGAAUAAAAAUAAUCACACUCUCGAUAAUUUA